CCAGCAGCCGGCCGCCCCGGCCAAUCGGAAUGAGCCGGCGUGAGGGUGGGGGGGUUGGGCUACAGGUGGCGGCGGCUUCCCAGGGUCACGUGAGUGGAGCAGCGGCGAGCACCCAGGAGCGGACGAGCAUGGAGCUGAAGCUGUGGUUGGUGCUGGUGCUGGUGUUUGGUGCAGCUGUGAUCCGUGCUGAAGAUGAAGACGACUUGGUUGAGGAUGAGGACGAUGAGAGCCCAGUGGAGAGCGAGUCUGAGCCCAGCACUCCGCCCCCUCCCAAGGUCACUUACAAAGCCCCUGUUCCAAUUGGACGAGCACAUUUUGCGGAAUCAUUUGAUAAAGGCACUCUAGAAGGCUGGGUCCGAUCCAAAGCCAAAAAAGAAGACACUGAUGAAGAUAUUGCAAAAUAUGAUGGGAAAUGGGAAGUAGAAGAAAUGAAAGACACCAAACUCGAGGGAGAUAAAGGACUCGUUCUCAAAACUCGUGCAAAGCAUCAUGCCAUCGCAUCUUCUUUGGACCACCCGUUUGUCUUUGACGAUAAGCCACUAUUUCUUCAGUAUGAAGUGAAUUUUCAGAAUGGAAUUGAAUGUGGUGGAGCAUACAUCAAAUUAUUGUCAAAAACUAAAGACAUGAUUCUGGAGAAGUUUCAUGACAAAACCCCGUAUACCAUUAUGUUUGGUCCAGACAAGUGUGGUGAAGAUUACAAACUCCACUUCAUCAUCAGGCACAAGAACCCCAAAACGGGCGAGGUUGAGGAGAAGCAUGCCAAACGUCCUGAUGUGGACCUCAAAAGCUACUACACAGAUAAGAAGACCCAUCUCUACACCCUGGUGGUCAACCCUGACAAUUCAUUUCAGGUUCUGAUUGACCAAACGGUGGUGAACAGUGGCAACCUGCUGCAGGAUAUGACUCCAGCGAUUAACCCACCGAAAGAGAUCGAAGAUCCUGAUGAUCAGAAACCAGAAGACUGGGACGAGAGAUCAAAAAUAUCCGAUCCUGACGCCGUCAAACCCGAUGACUGGGAUGAAGAUGCUCCUGGCAAGAUCCCAGAUGACGGUGCGGUGAAACCCGAAGGCUGGCUGGAUGACGAGCCUGAGUACAUUGCAGAUCCUGCCGCUGAGAAACCCGAGGACUGGGAUGAAGAGAUGGACGGCGAAUGGGAAGCUCCUCAAGUUGCCAACUCAAAGUGCGACUCUGCUCCUGGGUGUGGAGCCUGGAAAUUGCCGAUGAUUGAUAACCCGGACUACAAGGGGAAAUGGAAAGCCCUAAUGAUUGACAACCCUGACUACCAGGGUGCCUGGAAACCAAAGAAGAUUACUAAUCCAAACUACUUUGAAGAUCUGCAUCCAUUCAAGAUGACCACAUUCAGUGCUGUUGGCUUGGAGCUCUGGUCAAUGACGUCUGACAUCUUCUUUGACAACUUUAUCAUCUGCUCCGACAAGGCAGUGGUUGACCAGUGGGCCUAUGACAGCUGGGGGCUGAAGAAAUCUGCGGAGGGUUCAGCUGAGUCGGGGGUGGUUGGACAGCUGAUGUCGGCCGCUGAGGAGCGCCCAUGGCUCUGGGUUGUCUACAUCCUGAUCAUUGCACUGCCCGUCUUCCUGGUCAUUGUGUUCUGCUGCACUGGAAAGAAAGACGCUGCUGCAGAGUACAAAAAGACGGAUGCUCCGCAACCUGACGUAAAGGAUGAGGAGGGAGAGGAGAAGGAAGAGCAGAAGGAGGCGGAAGAGAAAAUUGAGGCAGAUGAUGAGAAGAUGACUGAAGAAAAGCAGAAGAGUGAUACGGAGGAAGCUCCGGGAAAUGCGAGCCAGGAAGAGGAGGAGGAGGAGGAUGAUGAUGAUGAGGAGGAGGAGGAGGAGGAGGAGAAGAAAGUGACGAGGGAGAAGCCAAGUGCUGAGCAAACUGAUGAAAAAGUGGACAGUGCCAAUCUAGAGCCACAAAAUGAUUGAGAUGUUGUGUCAUACAUCGUUUGGACAUGACUCGGGACUUCAAAGGCAAGACCAUCAUUUCUGGGACUUGAGCUGAACUUUUUACAGGAUUUCAUAAGACCCACUGCGUGCAACAGUAAAUAAAAGCCCUAUCCCAUACUGACCAAACAAUAGGUAGACCCGGUUAUUGUAUGUGUUUCAGCAAGGACUGCCAUCUGAAUUGAAAUCUGCUUUUGUGUAUUCAUGACUGUAGAAACAAAUUCUUGCAUAUUUGCAGUCUUAAAACUGGUACAUUCGUUCAAUUAGUUCCUGGAAAUCUUCAGUUAGAUUUCACGCUUGCUAAGUUUUAGAAAUGCCCACUGAAAGCCAGCCCAGGGGAGGGAUAGGGCGGGGGGGGGGGGGGGGGGGGGUAAUGGGAUUUGAUGUAAUGGCAUAAGCUUGAACUACAGGUUAUGUUGCUUUUCUUCCCCCCCCCCAAAAAAAGUCCUCAUUGCAUGAAAUCCUGUUAAUUCCAACCCAGACGGUUCCUAGUCUUAUGGCCCUGAGAGAGAUUCCUGGGAUUGGCGGAAUGCGCCAACUAUUGCAGAUGGAAUCCAUUUCCCUUACACAUCCUAAUUUGUCUUGAACUUAUUCCUGUUGCAUCCCCAUCGAGGCACAUGGAGUAGAGGCUUCACUGGCCCAUGCUGCCUUGUCAUCAGCUCCCUGAGGGGGGUAGGUGGAGAACCUGCAUUUCCCCAGUGUUGUUGGUGUCCUGCUUUCAUUUGGCUCCACCCUCUCCUCCGUCUCACCCCCUCCCCCCCCCCCCCCCCCCCCCCCCUGAUCAAGGUAAGAAGGGUUAGGGUGGGAGAGUUAAAUAAUUUGAACACUGACACAGGAGAGCAUUGAAUGGAUGUGCGACAAACAGUAUUAAUGCUACAAUGCAAGUAUAUGCGUGUACAGGGUGUUUUCAUUGCACAGGUCCACCACCGAUUUUCCGGCACCCUUGGUUCCAGGGCUUUUCUGGAUUAUCCAUUUGGCAGACCAACAGAGGUCAUGGCCUGGGGUGGGGGGAGGGGUGGACCUGUACUACGUAGUUUGUCUUUAUAUGCAAUAUCAUACCAUUACAUACCACUGACACUAGGUCAAAAGAAACAAAUCUCCAAUUAAAUAAUUUAAUGUAAUGAGAAAAUGACCCAUACUCGUUGGUAAAGCAUGAUUAUGUUGUGUCGAGUUUUUGUUUUGCAACUGCCUAGCUCCCAACAUCUUUCCCAUUGCCACAAACCCAACUGAGCCACUGUACCUGUUUCUUUUCUCCCCUAAUUAGAGUAGCUACGCUUUUUAAUACCACUCUUUGUUGUCACUGUUUGUGCCAUGUUUUAUUAAUGGUCUUUCUGUCGUGCUGUUGGGAGAAUGUGUCCCUGAGAUGCACUGGUAAAAUGCUUCAAUGGGUGAGAGGAGCAAGGGUGAAAUUGAUCCCCCUCACUCCUGAGUGAAAUUUCCAAUUCGCUAAUUUUCUGGCACAUCAAAUGGCGAGCAAGCUGUGAGAUGCUGGACGUACAAGAUUAAUUUGGGUGAGGAAGUGCUCGUGAUUAAUGCAUUUAUAGACUUCUAUUCCAAACCCCGGUCCCUCCUGUUGGAACAGCUAAGUUAUUGAAGGGCAGCGUGGGCUUUGUUCAAAAUCAUUUCCUAUUAGCCAUGUUCUAUUGCACUGAAUUGUCCAAUUUUUUUUUGUUGUUGUUGCUGCUGCCACUGAUUUGAAGAAGUUUCUAUGAAGGGAUCUAACUCAAUUAACCACCAUUCAUAUUCCAAUCCCACCUCACCUCUCCAGCCCUGCUGAGCUCCAGAAAUAUUUAAGAUUUGGUUUUUGAUUUAACUUUGGUGACUUGUCUUGUUGAACUGUAAUUGCAUGUAAUAGAGUUCAUGAUUUGUUUUAAUCUGAUUGAUGUCUUACUGUAUUCACCGGUAGUUUUGUGCUGGAGAUAUGGCUAUUGUGACCUUGACAGUUGACCUGUGCUCACAAUAAGAGUCUGUUUAAGCUGCUCAAUGUCCUCAAGGAAAGGCUGGAACAUAAAUCAUGGCAUUUACCCAUGAAAUCAUGUCAUGAUUCCUCCCUUUAGCUGAAUAUCUCCUUGGUGUUUAAGAGAUUCCAAUGAGCUACAUGGUGAUAUAUUUUCUCUCCUGUUGUGAGGCUUUUACAAGCAGCUGGUCUUCUAAAAGAGGAAACCUUGGCUUUGUUUCCUCAAUAACACAGUUGAUAAUGCCAAGUAUGUCUGUGUAGAAACAAAGAACCACAGAUUCUGGUUUACAGAAAAAGGUGCAAAGUGCUGGAGUAACAGAGCGGGUCAGGCAGCUUCUCUAGGAGAAAAUGGAUGGGCAGCAUUUCGGGUCGGGACCCUUCAGUCAGAAGAGGGUCACGACCCAAAAUGUUGCCUAUCCAUGUUCUCCAGAGAUGUUGCCUGACCCUCUGAGUUACUCCAGCAAUCUGCCUGUGAUCAUUAAAGCUACCAUUGUUAUAGAAAUGUGGUCAUAUUUUAAAUUAAAAUACCCAGGAGAUACCAUCAUAAACUUGGCGACACCAAGGUUUUAUAACAAACAUCACUAGUGAAUCCUUGAUUAAUACUGAGCAGGAGUAACAUACUGUGACCAUGUGAAACCUUGAUCAGUGAUACAAGUUCAGCAAAUAUUACACUUAGGCAAGUCUGACUAUCCAAUGGAAGAUUAAUGCAAAUUUAACCUUGAGUCUGCAAAGAUAGUUUACUGAUUUCUUUCAAAUUGCAGAAUAAUAUUUCCUUUUCAACAUUUAAGGUUUAAUGUUUGCUGUUUUUUUAAGAAAUAUAUAUGUUUAUACUUUUACCACCUAGUUUGCAGGGUUUCCACCACCGAUGGAUAACUUGAUUGAGUAAUGUAGACACAUUAAUCCCUGGAUGGUGCAACAGUAGCACAUAAUGACCCUUUACAAAGAUAUUUUAUAAGUUUUAAAAGUGCUGAUUAUGUAUAGAGAUUGGUAUUAGAUAAAAUUGACCGAGUUUGUAUCCCAGGUUAAAUUAUGUUUGAGAGCAUCUCCUUACAGGAAUGAAGUUCAAGAUCAUGUGAUUAAAAUUGAUUCCUGCAACUAAACAAAAUAUUAAUUAAAA